ACUGCGAUUCCACGGAGCCAAACACCAGGGAAGAGCAGUUGCAGCUCGUGUAAGCUACUGACCGAUGGCAUCGGCGCGCUCCAUGAUGCUCCAGGCGCUGUUGAUCGCGGCGGCCCUCGUCGCGGCGGCGCCGCGCGUGCUCUCGGACCCGCCGCCGCUGCAGGACUUCUGCGUGGCCGACCUGAAGGCCGCCACGGCGGUCGACGGGUUCCCCUGCAAGGCGCCGUCGACGGUGGCGGACGACGACUUCUUCUCCGACGCCAUGGUCGCCGCGCCCCGCACCGACACCAACCCCUUCGGCGUCAACUCCACGCGCGCCACCGUGUCGGCCUUCCCGGGCCUCAACACGCUGGGGCUGUCCAUCACGCGCACCGACCUCGCCCCGGGCGGGCUCAACCCGCCGCACUCGCACCCGCGCGGCUCCGAGCUCGUGCUGGUGCUCGAGGGCGAGGUCAUGGUCGGGUUCACGUCCGCGGCCAACCGGCUCUACUCCAAGGUGGUGAAGAAGAACGAGCUCUACGUGGUGCCACGCGGCCUGCAGCAUUUCCAGCUCAACGUCGGCAAGGGGGACGCCGUGUUCAUGGCCAUGUUCGACGCCCAGUCGCCCGGCCUGGUCACGCCCACCCUCGGGCUCUUCGCCGCCAAGCCGGCCAUGUCCAUGGAGGUGCUCACCAAGACCUUCCUCAUGGGCGAAGACGAAGUCAGCGCCAUGAAAUCGAAAUUCGCCGGCUUCUGAUCGUGAAACACAAGUGCUCUUGUAGCAGUUCAGCUGCUAAAUUGAUUCUUUUGCGUGCGUGCGUGCGUGUGAGUAUUCGUUCGUUUUUUAUUAAAUAAAAAUUGUAUUGUUAUUGUAAUAUUAUACUCCCUCUGUCCCAUGAUAUAAGA